ACAAUAACAGGACAACGAGCAACAUUUCAGGGACAAAUAGGAAAAUGAACCACCCUGUUGGUUAAAGAGAGUGGGUUGAUCGCAGAUCGUUCCUGCUCCUUUAUUCCUCCGCUCUCUGUCAUCCUCUCUCUCUUUCUUCUCCUCCUCUGGACGAGCUCACAGCAUCCAUCAUCUCCAGCCUGCACUCUAUGAGACUCUAUACAAUCCUUCAUCUGCACGGGGGCUUUUCAAGAAGAAUCCAAGAGAAAUGAGAUCAGCGAUGUUCCUGCAUGUACUGCUGCGUGCCAUCUGCCUCUUUGUCUUGUCAUCUUCUGCCGUCCUCAGUCCUGCAGCAGAUGAGACCACAUUCUUACAAGUGACCAUUCCCGAUAGCCCCCCAGUGUCUGCCAUUUUGGGGGGCUCCUUGACUCUGCCCUGCCUGGUGAGUCUCUCCCGGACCCCGUCUUUGGGCCGACAUGCUGUACUGACCCAGCCACGAGUCAAAUGGAGCUUUCUUUCAUCAAACAGAGAGACAGAGAUCUUAGUGGCCCGUGGUGAGAGGGUAAAGGUGAGUGAGUUGUAUAAAGGCAGGGCAUCACUGCUGAAUUAUGCUGCCUCUUCAGCUGAUCUCACCCUCAGACUGGAUGAACUGAUACACAACGAUACAGGCUUCUACCGCUGUGAAGUCCAGCACGGCUUGGAGGAUGCUCAUGACCAGGCCCAAGUCAAAGUAAAAGGUGUCGUCUUCCAUUAUCGCCAUACCUCAAGUCGCUAUGCCUUCACUUUUGAUGAGGCCAAAGACACGUGUGAAGAUAUUGGAGCUCAGAUUGCUUCUCCAGAACAGCUGAUGUCUGCGUACCGCAGCGGUUAUGAGCAGUGUGACGCUGGCUGGCUUUCAGAUCGCUCCGUUAGAUACCCAAUCCAGAUGCCACGUGAAGGGUGUUUUGGAGACAUGGAUGGAUUACCAGGCGUUCGAAACUAUGGCAUGAUGGAUAAUGAUGAACUAUAUGAUGUGUAUUGCUAUGUGGAGAACAUUCAUGGAGAGGUUUUUCAUGGGUCAUCCCCACAGCGCUUCAACUUGUCAGAAGCUAAGACAUACUGUGAGCAGCAGAGAGCUCAGCUAGCCACCACUGGCCAACUCUAUGCCGCCUGGAAUGAUGGUCUGAACCACUGCAGUCCUGGUUGGCUUGCUGAUGGAAGCGUUCGCUACCCCAUUGUGACCCCUCGUGAACGGUGUGGGGGUUCUGAACCUGGUGUCAAGACAGUUUAUCGUUUUAGCAAUCAAACGGGAUUCCCCCCACAGACUCGGCAUGACGCUUACUGCUUCAGAGCUAACAGCAACUCUCAAACAGUCUCACCUAUAGAUCAUAUGGCAACAGAGCCAGAGGACACCGAGCAGCAUAUUGCGACUUUAGCAGUUCCUCAAGAGGAGUAUAGUGUGGAUCAGAUCGCUCAACAGUCAGAAAAUGAAGCACAGGGGGCUGUAGAGUCCUUCUCCAUUUACAGCACACAGACUACUUCAGAACCAGAGAAACACAACCACACUACAAGCCCUCAGUUAGAUGAAGAUAGCACCUAUAGAGACUCCACCACCCCAACCAGCACAGAGAGAUAUCUUGAGUCCACUGAGGUCACCUGGCAAAAAGUUGAGUCUGUUCCAGAGAUUUACAUAGAUCCAAAACACAUUGAUUUCACACAAAAAGGAGAACCAGAUAUAAAAGCUUCAGCAGUUGAUGGUGUUAAAAGCAGUAAUCAUAGACACUACCAACCAAUGCCAGAUACCAACCUACAGCCGGGAGAGCCCAUCAAUUUCAUCCCACCUGCAGAGGCUCAGCCUGAGACAACAGAGGAACCGUCCUCUCAACCGAAGGAGAUAGAUGGGUCCAAACACUUCCAACCCAUGCCUGAAACCAACCUGGAGGAUGAGGAUAAAGAUCAUGUGACUAGUGAGAUCUCCAUGACCACUGAGGAUACUACACUGGAAUUUCACAUGACACUCCAGUCAAGUCCCUCAACAUACCUACCUGAAGGUGCUACAGUAGAAGAAAAUGCAGGGAAUAUCACAGAAACUCCAGAGCCAGAUGAAGACUGGGGUCUUUUUACACACACAACUCAGUCCACAUCAACAAGCACAUCCAGCACUGAAGGUUGGUUGGAGGGUUCCGGUGAGGAUUUGACCUUGUUAUUCACACAAAAGGCCGAACAUCUGGUCACCUCGCAUAAUUCAGAGACAUAUGGAGCAUCUACACCUGAGACUAUGACAGAGAGCUUCUCAUUAACACAUCUGAACAGUAUUAGCCCAACUUUUACACCCAGACAUGAAGACACUUCUGCAGACCAUCACAAUGCUGAGGAGACCUCAACUGAGACUCUUCCUGUGUCUCUUGGUGCAGUUGAUGAUGGCAGUGAUUAUUCGACCGUGAGCAUGACACCGAAGGAAACCGAAUCUUCUGAAAGUUCUGGCGAACGUGAAGACAUCCUGCCAGUCACACUCUUGACCACCCCAACGCCUCACCUGUUGGGCACAUCAACCACACAUGGACCUGUACAGGUAGAAAUCAAUUCUCCACAGGAAAUGGAAGGUGUCCUCUCUGAAAGCACAACUCCAUCUGGCCUUGGGAUUGUGGAAGAAGAAUUGGAGAAGGUGGAGCAGGUUGGGCUUGGAGAGGAACCUAAUCAACGAAUAACCACAUCCACUGAGCUUAAUAAUUCUACUGUAACUUUCAGCAUUGAUGGCAGUGAUGAGGAUGAGGAUGAGUCUUCCGGAGAAAGAGAACCUUCAGGAAACAGGUCUUCAGUUAUUAAGCAUCCAUACUCAGAUGUGGCCACCAUCACUCCCUCUAAUCUGACAGAUAUGCAAGACCUUAAUGAAACAAAUAGUGAUAAUGAUGAUAAUCAGGCCAGCACUGUGGGAUCCAUGAAAAGUCUGGAGGUUACAUUUCUUCCUCAUGGGACCCAAAGUCCCAUCUGGCAAACUGUGGCGUCUUCCACAAACCCAGGAGAGUUCAGAGCAGAUGUUGAAUUCAGUGGGGAAGCGGCACUUACCACAGAUGACAUCAAAGCCUUAGAUGAAUCUGACUCCACCAAUGCACCCAUCAAUGAGAAGACAACGCAAACCCAAAAACCAUCCACUACGUCAGCCAUCAACGAAGAUGAUGAUGAUGACGAUAAUGAUUAUGAACUCAUGACUAAAGCAAACACAGACAAUACGGAAGAUGAGAAUGAUGUCACAACCACACCUGAGUCUUCCACUCUGCCUGCCAGACCCACACAGAGAGUGCUGGUCAGGACAGGCUACAUUUCAGAUGCAUGUCUUGAGAACCCUUGUAAAAAUGGAGGCACCUGUGUGGACAGUGGAGCGGGUCAUAGGUGUCUCUGUCUACCCACUUAUGGAGGAGACUUUUGCGAGACAGAUCUAGAGCACUGUGAACCAGGCUGGGAAAAGUUCCAAGGGUUUUGUUACAAACAUUUUACGAAACGGCAGAAAUGGGAGGUGGCAGAGCAGCACUGUCGCAUGUGCGGAGGUCACCUGGUCUCUGUUAUGUCACCUGAGGAACAGGCGUUUAUCAAUGAUGCCAACCAGACUCAACUUGAGAUCAAGAACUCUUAG